AUGGUACGUUUUUUGCCACUGGGUCGGGUCCGUCACUGUAAUGAAGCUUUGACUAAUUCAAAUUUUUCCAGGGUUCCCUCAAAUUUUCGUUUGGGGCUCCCUUUAUCUCCAAGGUGCGUGGCCUCCUUUUCAACCGGUCCUGUGGCCGUCCAACCAGAAUGGCUGUCCGACUCUCUGUUGGCCGUAUUGUUUGUGAUUUUUUGGUGCUAUUUGCGAUUGGUAGGUUUGACGAAAUCUUAUUUCAUUUCCCCUUUAGCUAUUCCUCUGUUGAUCUUCCACGAAUGGGUGAAACCGUACAAACGCGGGUUUUAUUGUGACGACGAAUCGAUCCGCUACCCUUACCGACCCUCCACGGUAACUCGGCAAGCCCUCAUUGUGAUCGGAAUCCUCAUUCCGACCCUCUUGAUCUUGUUCACGGAGCUUUUCCGGACCUUGACAUGGGAAAGAAAGGAGGCUCAUCUCUUCAGAACCUACGAAUACCGAGACAAGAAUGUCCACAGGUUCAUUGUCAGACUCUACACUUUCAUUGGUAAGCGUCUAGUUGGUCUUGAAGUUUUUUUUUUCAUUUUUUAGGCUACUUCUUUGUUGGGGUCUGUUUUAAUCAGCUGAUGGUGGACAUUGCAAAAUACACGAUUGGAAGACAACGCCCUCACUUUAUGGAUGUCUGCAGACCGAAUGUUGGGUACAGUAACUGUGACACCCAUAUGAGAGAAUACAUUACUGAGUUCCAAUGCACAGGAACCGACCAAUAUCUGAUCCACGAGAGCCAGCUGUCGUUCUACAGUGGACAUUCCGCCUUCUCCUUUUACGCCGCGUGGUAUACUAGUGUAAGUGUGGUUCUUAUUUUAUUUUUGGUAUUUUAGGGAGGAAUUGAGUCGGUUUUUUAAAAUUUAAAUUGGUUUUUGAUGUUUUAGUUCUAUCUCCAAGCCCGUCUCUACCGACCACUCAUUUCUCGCCUGGUCCUGCCAGUCAUCCAGUUCUCGCUGUUUGCUGGUGCUGCUUAUGUUGCAUACACUCGAAUCAGCGACUACAAACAUCAUUGGAGCGAUGUUCUGGUUGGAAUGUUUAUGGGAUCGGCGAUUGGAAUUAUUAAUGUAAGUGAUUCUAUCUUUUUUUUGCUUUUUAUUAGGCGUAGAAGUAUGAUCGUGCCGUUUUUCCGGCCCAUAAUUUCAAUCAAAACAAAAAAAUUUUACACUGAACCUUAUCCAAUUUUAUAUUCUAUUAUUAAUUCCGAGGGGUUUGCACAAUUUGGCCAACUUUCAAAUCCAUCAAAGAAAAUUUUUGGCUUUUUUGAAGCCAUCUAAAUAUCAACCCAAUUUUCGGCAUCGUUGUGUUCAACGAAGCGCUGCUGCCACAGAUCGCGUUCCAUCGGUCGAAACCAGUGAUAAUCUGAAAGUGCUGCGUCCGGAGAGUGUCGCGGGUGAGGUAAAACGUCCAAACUCGGCGGUUCUAGGGUGCCCUUGACCAGUUUUUCAACAUGGGGUUUGGCGUCAUCAUGCAGCAAAAUAAAAAUUGGUCAUACCGACCGCUUUUAUCAUAUCUCUUGGUGGAGUUGCAUCAAGUCUUGUUGACAACGGAUGCCAGUAACCGUUUUUUUGGGUUUCAAGACCUCAUAGAAAAGAAGAUCUUGUUUUUGUCAUCAUAUAUAGAGCAACACUUCCUUCCCGGUAAUGUUGGACUGUGCGGUCGCUUGUGUUUCGGGUUGUCAAAAUCAAUCCAUUGUUCUUCUCUGGUCAAUAGACAAUGCAAAAAUGACUUCCUUUCUGUCUGCCUAUCAAAAUUUUGUAUGUUAUCCAUGUUGAGUUAGGUCAAUCCAUAUGACACCCAAGUCCCUUCUAUCUGGAUCUUUCCCAAUUGUUCCAAACUGAGUGAAGCUUCUUUAGGCAACACGUGUAACAUCACAGCUAGCUUUUCUUGCGCACCGGCAUCGUGUUAUUUGCAAUAAUCUCCAUAUUCAAAUUUCUUAUAUGGGUUGGAAAAUCACGGGAUCUGAAACGCUGAACCCUUUUCCGACGGAUUUUUUUCACAGAGCACGACCACAGUAGGCUUCUGUAAGCGUUCCAUGCGUCAACGGCGCUUUUGCUCACAUUACAUGUGCAGAAGAAAAUUUCCCGCAAAUGGCAUUUUUCUGGGACGAAAGUUGGUCAUCUUUGAAGCUUUAUAAAAACCGCUAUUCUAAACCCAACCACAUGAAGCAUGUAUCGAUAGACAGCGUUUUCAACGUUCUUUCAGGUGAUAUCAACAGAUGCACCAAAACUUUAACCCUACCUGUAAAAAAGGCACAAAUAAAAAACGGCACGGUCAUACUUCUACGCCUAAUAUUAGGGUGAACCAAAAAUUUUUCCGAUUUUUUAUUAAAAAUUCAAACAUAAUUUUAGAACAAAUGAAAACCAGUUAAGUUUCAAAGUAAAGGCCAUUUGAAUCUAUGGCUUGAGCUUGAAAAAGAUCAUCAGGGCGAGAUUUUGGACUGAUUCCGAAAAUUUUUGCGAUUUUAGUUUUUUUGGUGACUAUUAUUUUUUUUUCUUAUUCGAUUUUUUAAAUUUUAGGCCAUCUUCAUUGCCAACGUCUUUGCACGACGCGAAAUCCCUGCUGGUAUCAAGACCGGCCGCCAUUAUCAGAUGGACUCCCCAACUCAUCACGUCGCAUUCAAUGGAGACGCGGAAAGGGGCGGAGUCACCGUCCACAUCCAGGACAACGUUGCCGGCCCUCACACUGUGAUCCAAAAGGAAGUACAAGUCCCGCAACAGGUACGGUACAGCACAUUGGUCCGAGGCGAUGCUAACUAG